UAUGACAGAUUAGCCCUACUUAAGUCUCUCUAAAACAAAGAGUUCUCACUCUCAUCAUGGUUAUCAUAAGAAGUUGAUAUUACAACUUAAUGAAGAUGACUAAUAACAUAUACCUAUGUUACGUCAAAAUACUAGCAAAAGUAGACAUCUCGAUUAGGGAACUGUCUCAAAAUCAAAAAUACAAAAUAUUGCUUAAUUAUAGGAGAUGUUCAAAUAAUUUAAGCAUUUUAAAUGUUCACUUCAAUCGUAGACUCCUGUAAUUCAAAUGAUGAAAUCCAGUCAAAUCUCUAAGAAACCUCAAUCUCAAUCAAAAAGUACUAUAGAUGCAAAAGAAAUUUCAUUUGAGGAUAAAUAGAAAGUUAUGAUUUAAACUCGUAAAACAAUGUUCAAGAUAGUGAUGGAUAAUAAGUUGAGAAGUUAAUCAAUCAAAGAUUAUGGAUUUAAUUUAAGACCUUUAUUCAAUUAAGUUAUACGAAAAAAUGAUAGCAUUUUAGAAUAGAAAAGUAUUAGUUUUAUAACUAGUUAGUUCAGGAAUCUAGAUUAGAAAAAAGGAAAUCUGACUUAUUUUCACGUAGUCCAUUCUCAAAUGCUUAUUAUGCAACCAAAGCACUUUCUAAAAGAUCUCGUAUGAAUGUAUAUGAACGUCUAAUUCAAAAUCUACCUGCUGAUUCACGAUUCCAAUAAGAAUGA